AUGAAGAAAGUCAGCAUCUCGAAUGCUGCUCCGUCAUCUUCGCCGACUGGUGGUAGCACGCUUACUGCUGUGGGUGGCGUUGCGAUGCGAAGGGGUGGCAGUGCCGGAUCUGGGGGUAUCUGGGAGGACUACAUCCGCGUUAGCAGGACGCUCGAAGGACAGUCCGAGUCUGCGUGGCGCAGAGCUCAUCGAAGCCAACUCUUCAAGCGCCCGCCGCGUUUCCAGCAGAAGAAACCGCGAGAGCUUUCGACGUUUGAGGAAGGAGACGGAACGCAAGAGAUUGACGAUUCAGGCUCACACGAGACAAGUCUACCUUUUGCAACUUCAGUCAGGACUAAACCAAGCGUUAGCAAGUACGCGCAAGACUCACGCUUCCGAGCUAGUAGCAGCAAGGAGCAAAAGGUUCUGCAACCUGCCCGCGCAAGGAAUGCUCCGCCUGUUAGACAAACGUCUAUGGACGUACAGUCCAUCGCGACCACUGAGACCGCGUCGUCAAUGACCAGCUCCGGCGGACCUCCUUCAGCCGCAAAGAGCCCCAUGAGCCCGGCCUCAGACCAUCGCGCUGCGCUAGGCCGACUCGGUAGUCCAAGACGCGGAGGACUACGAUCCAGAAAGGAAGGUAGUGAAGGCACGCCGAGUAUGGGCAGCAGCUUCAGCGACAUUGAUGAUGCAGGUAUCAGUCAAUCAGCCCUGGAGGAAGCGCUGUUGAGCAACAUGCAGCAUGCUCACAUAGGUCUAGUCGCCGACGCGAUGGCUUCUCGCCCUUUAAAGCCCAUCGCAAUGCCGCCACCGCCCAUCAUCCUAGUAACAGACCACUCUACAACACCCCCAACGGCCACACGCUACACAUUCGGCCGCAACGACAUCGACUUCCCCAUCGCCUACAGGCGCAUCAAAUCUCUUCUGACCCACCCACCAUGCCCGCACCGCCCCCAAUAUCUUUGGCCCUGCGAUCCCUGCGAGUCCGCCUUCACCGCAAAAUACUGGACAUGCGCCGCCACACUCCUUGACUACUUCGCGGACUUCCACCCCAUCGAUACGCCCCUCAUGCAAUCAAUAUGGUUCUACCUGCUGGACAUCUGGCAAGAGACCGCGCACAUCCUGCCCUACGAAACCGUCCUUGAUGAGACCAUCGAACACAGCGCCGCACUCAUCGGCGUGGCGCGCGCCAGAGACUUUGAGAAAGCAGUCCGCGACACCAUUACGUUGUUUGAAGUGACGAUUUGGGGCCGGAGAACAGAAGCCGAUUCGUGGGAUCAGGUUAUCUAUGAUCCAAGAGGUGAGGCUAUGUGUCCUGUGGGAGAGUACGACACAGGUCCCUGGGCUAGUGGUGUGAAGCCCUGGAACCAAUUCCUGGGGGAGGGAGGAAUGGGUGUGGCAGCGCCGUGGUCUACUGCUGCUUCAACGUCAACUUCACAAGACAACACAAACGGAGAUGGAGAUGGAGAUGGAAGUAGGAAUGGGGAACAAGAGAAGACAACAACACGCUACAUCCCCCACCCCGCCAUCGCUCUAAUAGAAGGCCACACCGCGCGCUCCCGCCUCCUCGCCAAUUCCUUCUACGCAAAACAAAAGCUCACACCCCCUCAAUACAACGCCGCCCUCGCAGACUACGAAGCACACACCGUCGUCCUGCCUUCCAAGCGCGGUCAACCCCACACAUACACUUCACGCUUCACAGGUCGGGAGACAACAUACACGUUAUCCAACGGCGCGCCGCCGAUUAUGCGCUACGAGGGGCUCGGCGACCCGCAGUUGGAACUCGCGGUUCCGGAUGGAGAUUGGAAUUUGAUGGAUGAGUGUGUGGCUAGUUGUAGGGGGGUUACGGCGUAUGUGGGUGUUAGUGGCGGGGAUGAAGAUGAGGAGGAUGAGGAUAUGGUGGAUAGUGAGGAUGAGUUGGUGCCGUUUGAUUUGUGGACUGUGGUUGAGAAGGGUAUUGGAGGAGGGGGACGUGGCGAGGUGUUGGAUUUGGGAGGCACUGGAGGCAUGUUCGAGACUUGGUGGGAGGGGGAAUGA